GACGGCCAGUCGCCCAGGCCUCGACCCCAACUAACGCGCCGCCGCCCUCCACUUCCCGGAAUCCUUCUUCUAGUACCGGCUCGCCUCCCGCACGCCCCGUCCCACCCUGCCUGCGGACCAAGAUGUACCCCCUUGCUUCGUUUAACAGAACAUGGCGUCCUUUCGGAACCAAGAACUGGGAGAUGUAUAUGCCUCCGCCCAGACCUCAACCACAUGGACUCCUGACAGGAGCAGGACUUAACGGCCUUGAUUCUUAUUGGGAUGGCUCAUGUUGUGUUCAGUCGUUCUCGGAGUCGGUCACGGCGAGGCUAAGGAUAUGGUACGAGAAGGAAGCUGAGCUGGACGAAGAUUUGUGGUAUGAUCCUGCCUCAUUCGAGGUGAACCUUACUGAACUCAUCCACAUGGCUGCUGCACAUGGGGUGCUGACUCAAACUGGUUCGAGUGAAAUCGGCUUGGGGCUGUUGGCGGCCACUGUCGGAAUCCCGCUCGAAGGUUACCUGCUUCCAUAUCACCAUCAGCGGUCACCUCCGACGGCUGGUCGCACCACCUAUGCUCAUGGCAUUACUUCCACACUUUACAAGGCCGCUCCGCUGCAAUUGGGCGCAACAACCAAACAGAUUGAGGCAUCCAUGGCGUACCGCGAGCACUUGUGUGACUGCAUUGACAGAGGUCCUUUUCAUGCAUCAUUUCGAGUGCAGUCUCACUACUUCCAGCGCCGUCCACCACUUGAGCCCUACACACGCAGGUGGGAUGCUCCCACAAGGCUGUCGCGCCUAUCCCGCCAAGAGGAGUCGAUUCAGCCUGAACACAGCAUCACGCUCUACGGUUAUGAUUGCCCGAAUGGGAAUGUCAGCUCGCUUGUUCUCAAUUACCAGGAAAACGCCUUGGUUCAAGGUCACACACCUGAGCAGGGUCUUGCUAGGAGGCAUGUCAUUGAUGCAGAAGCAAUUGACUGGUAUGCAGAGCCAGAUGUCAGCAACGUCAGUUUCAACACCACUCUUGGCAGAUUUCCGGAGGAUACCAGACGCCCCAAGAGCAAGUGGGAGGAUGUCGUGGACUCAUUCCAGAGUUUGCUGUCGUGAACUGCUAUCUAAAUCGGCACUAUGUGGUUAUCCGUGUUCAUUUGAGCAUGUGGUAGGAAUAGUAUGUCG